UAUAAAUUAGUAUCUCAUGUUCCCACAAACAAUAUUUUAAUCAUAAUUGUGUUCUUCAGAAAAAUUUACUACACAAAUGGAGCCGCCGCCAGGUCGUCGGUUUAUUGACGGUUGUAUUGUAUUCAAUGGCCUAAGAUCCAUAUUUUAUUCCGGUCAGACGCUGGAGGGUAAAGUGAACUUUGAACUAAAUUCACCAUUACAUAUUUUUGCUAUAGAUGCAGUUUUCCUUGGCCAAGGAAAUGUGGAAUGGACAGAGGUGCAAGUUGAAACAUAUGGGCAUGUAAGGAGGGACAAGAACUUGAAAUAUGUUGGCAGAGAGGAGUACUUCAACUAUGCCCAACGGCUUUCUCAAGGUCCAUCUGUGCUGCAAGCUGGUUCACAUUCCAUACCAUUCUCAUAUUCAAUACCUUAUACAUGCCCGUCAUCCUUUAAGGGGGAGAAGGGCCAAGUGACAUACACUGUGGCAGUGUACAUAAUACACCAGGAUGGUGUGACAAAAGAGAUAAUAGAGACAGAGUUCAAUGUCAUUGAUCCCUUGAAUUUGAACACUGGUAGCCCUGAUAUUAAGAAUCCGCUGGUGAUGGAGUUCGACCAGGUGAUGAGCUGCCAGUGUUUCUGUGCGUCAAAUCCCCUGAGCGUGACAGUGCGGCUGCCGGCGCAGGGCGUGUGCCCCGGGCAGGUGGUUCCCGUCACCGUGAGCGUGCGCAACCGCACCAGCGUCGAGCUCGUCAAGAUCGUCUUCGCCAUCACGAGCCGGGAGAGGUACCGCAGCCAGCAGCCCCCGUCGGAGUACGAGCCCCCCGAGGAGGUGCUCACAACGCUGAAGAGGGGCCCCGUGCUCGCCCACACCACCCGCGACUUCGUGUUCCAGCUGGCCGUGCCCGACUUCCUCCCGCCCAACAUGGACCAGUGCAACAUCAUUGACAUCGGAUACUUCUUCAAGGUAAAAAUAAAACUCUCCGGUUGCAACGAAGACAUGGAAGAUGAAGCGGAGAUAUGCAUCGGCUUGGUACCCCUUGGUGAAAGCCUCGACCUCAAGAAUCACCCCAUGGCUGAUAAGCUACCCAUCGGCCCCAUACCGGACCCCAACAACCAAGCCAACGUAGCCCCCAUAAAUCAAACAUUUGUCCCCAACCAAAACACGGUACAUCGCUUUCCGUCCCCAAUACCGUAUCCCUUAAACGAUAAAUCUAAUCACGGUUCGAAAAACAGUCUGGUCGGCUCAUAUGAAAUCGGUUUUCGGACGCAGAACGUUAAUACGAGUGAAAAUCGUACUUUACCCUACCCAGUCGCGGGUUACCCUUACCCCGGUUUACCCCAGGGCCAAAGUCCGCCUUACCCCACACCGCAACCUUCCGCGCCUCCGCCAUAUUAAAACCGGGUGUAAUUAUUAUAUUUAUAUUAUAUUUUAUAGAGCUUUGGUAUUUUACAAUUUAUACUGUUGCAUUAUGAUAUAUUUGAUUUUUGUUUUCAAAGCUGAUCGCACAUUUGUGUUUCGUGGUAAAGUAACAUAAAAUGCUGGUAUGAGUAGUUUCGUAGGUAUGGGUCGUAAAUAAAACGAUAUAUGGUUGGUGACUAAAAAAAAUAUUACAUUACCCCACUUGUGGGUAUAAUAAAGUGAAAGUCCGAACAUAUUAGAAAGAUUUAUUCAAAUCUCGUUUCUUGUCUUUUGUUGAUCAAUACGAGAACCCAAGCGAAUUCGCCUUAGCUAGCCGUCGAUCGGGCUGUACAAGACAUAAUAUGUGCAAUCAGCUUUACUAUACAACUAACGUAUUUCUAAGCGAUGGAAGUCCACUGUAGGGUUUUCAUAAUUCACAAUUUACGUAUUUAGCAUUAUUGACCGCUGUGGCCUUAAUAUUCACUAUAAUAAAUGCUAUUUUUCAUUCAUUUCAUUAGCAUGUGAACUCUUUGUGUUGGCAUGUGAACUAUUUACUAUUUGUAUGCUAGCUGAACACCAUCUUCAUCUUUUGACGACCUCCCUGGCGCAACGGUGAGCGCUGUGAAUUUAAGUAGGAGGUCCCGGGUUCGA